GCUAUUCAACUAAGCAGUUCGCGUCACUCGCAAGUAGCAACGCAGCAAAGUGAAACGUUAAGUUAAACCGGUUCGAACUCGAAACCCCGCAGUGUGUGAAGAAGCAAACAAAAACAAACAAUCUUGCCAGUUUUAUUACACGAGCAAGUCACGUACAGUGGUGAUCGCAAGUUAAGCACGAUGGUGGUAGCAACUGAAGAGCAAUACAGCAGCAGCGCCUGCCAGGCGACGGCCGCGGCGGCGGCGGCGACCUCGUUCGAUUACAGCAGUGCCGAGUGUGUGCCAAUUGGCGUAACGGCAAAGCACGCGCUCCUGAUGGCAAACAUCGAAAAGCGACUGAUUAUGGGCUUAUCGGAUGCGAUCAGCAGUUUGGCCAAAACGCCCGAUGAGUAUCUGUUCUGCUUUAUGGCGCCACCGCAACCCGGCGACAGUGCCACCCAUAUGCACGAGGUUCUCCUGCAGGCCUUCUGCUUCGAGCACGAUAUUUACAUAAUCAAGGUCGACAGUGCGGAAAAACUGAGCCGCCUGCUUGGCUCCAGCAGCCUGCAAUCGUGUGCCUUGAUCCAGAAAAGUUGGUCCUCCGACCAUCGCACCGAACUGUUGUCCAAGGUCGAAGACCAGCUGGUCGACUACUGUGAAGAACACUGGGAUUCUCCGAUCAAACCAACCCUUCGCUUGCCAGAUAAAUAAAUCAGCGGCUGAUCGUUUUCGCUAUGCAACUAGCGAAAAUUCGAACUUGCAAUCAAUUGGUGAAACACCCCCACCGCCCGUAUCCCCGCUGUGAGCGAUGCAUGAGAAGCAUUCAACAGUGGAAGUGGAAGGAGGGGGAUUUUACGUGCUGGCAAACUGUACUGUUGCCUCCGCGACGCAGCUUUAGUGGCCGCGUUCGCGCGUAACACAUCACACAAGCGAAACCGGUGCCGGGUGGGAAUUUCCCUCGCCGUGACUUCGGUUGUGCGCAAAGUGCACACAAACAGGGGAUCGUUGGAAGUUUGAGACGGUUUUCCGACUGUGUGUACUAGUGAAGGAAGAAGAAAACAGUGUUUAUACAAAAGUCAUAGAGGACUAUUUUUAGUAAAUGCAUUAUUUCUUUAGUUACGAUAGUUAUUAGUAUAUACAAAAAGAGACAAUUAGUGAUUGAAGGCCAGACGGCCCUUAAUAGGUGCAAAUAGUGUGCUAAUUAAUCUUGCGAU